UGUCAUCACUUAAAGGAGUUUCUCCUGCGAUAUUCGUCUAAAAAUGCCCAAGAAAAAAACUGGACAACGGAAAAAAGCCGAAAAGCAGAAACUGCGGCUUAAGGAAAUACGCAGCCGGGAAACACCUUUGGCAGAUGUUCCAUGCAAUGCACCUAUGGAAUGUGAAAAAUGUGAACGUAAGCAAAAAUCAAGAGCAUUUUGUUAUUUUUGUCAAUCGUUGCAACGUUUACCUAUAUGUGCUCAGUGUGGCAAAGUAAAAUGUAUGCUGAAGACAGGAGACUGUGUCAUCAAACAUGCCGGGGUUUUUACAACCGGCCUUGGUAUGGUGGGUGCAAUUUGUGACUUUUGCGAAGCAUGGGUGUGCCACGGCCGCAAAUGUCUGCAGUCGCACGCUUGCACCUGUCCAUUGCAGAAUGCCGUUUGUUUGGAAUGUGAAAGAGGUGUUUGGGACCAUGGUGGCAGAAUAUUUAAAUGCUCAUUCUGUGACGGAUUCUUAUGCGAAGAUGAUCAGUUUGAGCAUCAAGCUUCAUGUCAAGUUUUGGAGAGUGAAAACUACAAAUGUCAGUCAUGUAAUCGUCUAGGUCAAUACUCAUGUUUACGUUGUAAAACUUGCUAUUGUGAGGAUCACGUAAAGCGUAAAGGUUUCAAAUAUGAAAAGAAUAAGGCUAUACCAUGUCCCAAGUGUAACUACGAUACAUCAGUCACAAAGGACUUGAGUAUGUCAACGCGAUCGCAUAAGUUUGGUCGUCAACAACAAGGUGGCGCUUAUGGUGAUAGUGAUGAUGAUUACGGUGGCGGUGGUUUUUAUGGCUAUGGUGGUGGGGCUGCUUCUACAUCAGGCUAUGGUCAAGAUGAUGAAUAUGACGACGAUGAUGAUGACGACGACGAUGAUGACUAUGAUGAAGACGAGUCGGAAGAAGAAAGUGAUUCGCAAGCUAGUGAAGAGGAGGAAAAAGAUGAACAAAAUGUUGAUAACACUAAAAAAUCUGAAAAGUAAUAUAAAAAUUAUGCAAGUUUGGAAUUUCAAGAAUGUAUUUGGUUGCAUUUGAAUAAAUAAAAAUGUACUCAGCUGUGUUGGAAAACGA